CAUCAACUAGGUAGAGUCUCAGUUUUUUUCUAUAUAUUAGGGGAAGAGGAGUCUGAGUGGGAGCCAAAGUAUGUUGCAGUUUUCAUCAUUUUGAAGUACUUGUGGUGUUGCUAUACAUAGGCAUUCAAGGACCAGCCCAAUUAUUUGUCAGAAAUCAAUGGCAUUCAUAGAGAGAGUGGAGAUAUUUGCAUUGCUGAGUUUUGUCUGGCUGCUUCCUCGAGUUGCUUAUGCACAAUAUGGCUGGCAAUCAGCCCAUGCAACCUUCUAUGGUGGCAGUGAUGCUUCUGGCACUAUGGGAGGGGCAUGUGGGUACGGCAACCUGUACAGCACCGGGUAUGGAACAAACACGGCUGCCCUGAGCACAACGUUGUUCAACAACGGGCUGACCUGCGGGGCCUGCUACCAGAUCAAAUGCAGCAACGACCCACAAUGGUGCUUGCCCGGAAUCGUGACCGUCACGGCCACUAACUUCUGCCCGCCCAACGGAUGGUGCAGCCCACCUGCACAGCACUUCGAUUUGGCGCAGCCUGCGUAUGAGAAGAUCGCCAAGUACAGCAGCGGCAUAGUCCCAGUUAUCUUCAGAAGAGUGCCCUGCAUGAGGAAGGGAGGAGUUCGUUUCAACAUUAAUGGGCACUCCUACUUCAAUCUGGUGCUCAUCUCUAACGUGGGGGGAGCAGGGGACGUUCAUGCGGUGGCCAUCAAGGGGUCGAGGACAGGGUGGCAGACAAUGUCGCGGAACUGGGGUCAGAAUUGGCAGAGCAACUCAUACUUGAAUGGGCAGGCUCUGUCGUUCCAGGUGACCACCAGCGAUGGGAGGACCAGUGUUUCGUAUAACGUGGCUCCUGCUGGCUGGCAAUUUGGCCAGACUUACGAAGGAGGGCAAUUGUAAAUUGUGAAGCAAUGUUGCCUGUGAGUGGCAACAGUGAUUGUAGAGUUUUUUUUUUUGAAAUAUUGGUGUAUUUUAGGAGCUGGAUAGUCAUUUUUAGGUUCGUUUAGUUUAUAUAUUGAUGCAUUUUAAAGGAUGGAUAGUCUUUUUUUUAGGUCAUUUAACUUAUACUUGAUGCAUUUUUCGGACAGGAUAGUCAUUCCUGAGGUCCAUGGUUCAGUAUGCUGUUACGCAUUCAUCUUAUUUUAAGGGAUGGAUAGUCCUUUUCUAGGUUAUUUAACGUAUACAUUGGUGCAUUUUAGGGACUGGAUAGUCAUUUUCGAGGUCCAUGCAUCAGUAGGGCAGUACCCGUUCCUCUUAUUUUAAGGAAUGGAUAGUCUUGUUCUAGGUCAUUUAACUUAUACAUUGAUGCAUUAUAAGACUAGAUGGUCAUUUCCCAUGUCCAUGGUCGAGUAGGUUGGUACCAGUUCCUCUUAUUAUUUUGUUUGAGAAAUUUUUUAAUAAUGAUGAUAUUUGGAUUAUAAAUAAUUUUAGUAGUUAAUUUUGUCAUAACA